CUGCUGCGACUGCUGCUGCUGCCUGCUACCGGUCCCGUUGACCCCACCCUUCGGCUCAAGGAAUUCCAGCUCAGGGAUUCCCUCCUACUUUAUUUCAGUUUCCUUUACGAACACGCGGCCGGCCGGCAGCACAGACAAUCUCCUCUCUCUUCUCCAUACCACCACCAUGGGCUCCGCGCAUUCCACCAACUGCAAGGCGAAGUCCGUCUGCCAGGACCUCCGCGGAAAGCACUUCGUUGUGACCGGUGCCAACACCGGACUGGGGUAUGCGACCACGCGGGAGCUCGCCAAGAUGGGGGCGGCGGUCACACUGGCGUGCCGCAGCGCCGAGAGGGGGCAACAGGCGAUCGACAAGAUGAGGACGGAGGCACUGGAGAAGCCCGUCAAAGAGGGCGUGGACCUUCUCGACGGGCUGACCGACGUCGACGUGCGGUUGGAGGUCCUGGACCUGGGGUCCCUGCAGUCGGUGAUCGCCUUCGCCCAGAGGUUCAAGGCCUCCGGCACCAAGGUCGACGUCCUCAUCAACAACGCCGGGAUCAUGGCCAUCCCCGAGCGGCGGGAGACCGCGGACGGCCUCGAGAUGCAAAUCGGCGUCAACCACUUCGGCGGGCACCUGUUGACGAGGCUGAUGGAGCCCCUGAUCAACGACGGCGGUCGAGUGAUCUUCCUGUCGUCUCUGGGGCAUAGGCAACCCCCCGGCCAGGCCAAGGUCACCCUGGACUUCGACAACUUCAACUACGAGAAGCCGGACACGUACAACAGUUGGAUGGCUUACGGGCGGUCCAAGCUCGCCAACAUCCUGGACGCCAAGGAGUUCGCCAAGCGCCUGGAGAGCCGGGGCAUCAGCACCUAUGCGUGCCACCCGGGCGUCGUGAACACAGAGCUCAUGCGGAACAUGACGGACUCGAGCCUGAUAUCUCGCGUGACCCGGCUGACCGCACCCCUGUCCAGAUUCAUCCUGGCUACCCCUCUCACCGGAGCGCUUACCACCAUCCGGUGUGCGGUCGACCCGUCCCUGGCCGGCCCCGAGUUCUCGGGCAAGUACUGGGGAAACAUGAAGGAGGAGACGCCUUCGGAGCUCGCGCUGGAUCCCGCCAACCCGCCCCGGCUGUGGGAGGUCACGGAGUCCGUGCUGGAGGCGAAGCUCGGCAAGAAGGUGGACGACCUUCUCCUAUAGUCUUGAUUCUGUUGGACAAGCCUCUCUCUCUCGCUCUGUGUGUGUGUGCUUGCCUCUUGUUAUUGGCUGAGCGCGAGCUGCGCUGCUGCCCCCCCCAACAGUUACAGUGGCAGGGCUGUCCUUUGUUUGCUGCAGCGACCUUGAUCGUUGUUGCGGGCGCUAGGAAUGAAGCGUUUUGUUUUGCCGGGGCGGGUGGGUGGGUGAUGAUGGGUGACAAUGGCUUUUCAUAGGAAGCUCAGGGGAAGGGGGUGUCGAGCAUGAGAUCAAGAUGAAGACCUCGCGUUCGAGCGUCGGGUCUCGUGCCCCGCGCGCUAGGCUUUGUUCGUCCCUUCUGCUCUUCUUUUGCUCAGUUCUUCUCUUCUGUUGAGGCAAGCACCCGCUUGUCGUUUUUGGCCAAGUGUAUGCUCUUCGUAUGCUCGGAAAUGUGAACUAUAUGCUUGCUUGUCAGGGCUUAUUUAUUUGUUGCUUGAGCAAGAACGGGCUAGUAACGAAAUAAUUUGUUUGAAAAUAUGGGCGUGUUUGGAAGAUGUGUUUCGGUUCAACGAGAGAUUAUUACGAACUGCAUCGUGGAUCCAUUCGUGGUGAUGUGGGGGGCCACGGAUUUGUAUAUGACCACAGUUGUCGUUGUUCUUUUUUUUUCUGAAUACAACCCAACGGAUCCAUCUCUUAAGAAAAAAGUAAAAGUAAGAUUUUCGAUAGGGAUCGAUUUUGCACGUCCUUUUUUGAUUCAAUAUUUUAACGUGUCCAAUUGUGCGAUUUCACUCGUUCUGCGUAGCACGCUUACGUGUAUACGUGUGUAGAUUGUUUAAACCUCGGGGGCCUUGCAAUCCACCCCGCUGCAGCCAGCUGCUGCUGAGUACCAAACUGCGGCUUGGGAUGGGAUGAGAUAGGUUAGUUUUCGGGCCUGUUUUGGGUUGGGGUACCUUUUUUUGGUCAGCGCCGAAACGAACCCCAUGUGAUGUAGUGUCUAGAUCGAUUGAGGAUGUCGACCUUUACAUGCCUACUAGAUUUCACGUGUGAAACGAGCCUGGACCAUUCCACUUUCCGCGACCGCUUUGCGUGCUCUGGUCUUGCCUGUUGCAUGUCUGUGCUUGCUUGUGUUCCUUUGAUGUCAGCGAUGUUUUUGGGCGGUUUCAUGCUUGACGCGCACCUCUUUUCUCUCCAGGUUUGACCCUGUGCCAAGAGCGGUUCUUGAGACAUCAAUUGAUGAAUUACGAGUGUUCCAUCUGACGAA